AUGAGUGACCCCGUGUCCCUGAACGUGGGGGGUACCCUGUACACCACCAGCAGCGAGACCCUGACCAGGUACCCGGACUCGAUGCUGGGGGCCAUGUUCAAGGGCCGGCUGGGCAGCCGCAGGGACCAGUCGGGGAACCUCUUCAUCGACAGGGAUGGGAAGCCCUUCCGCCACAUCCUGAACUACCUGCGGUCCAGCCACUUGGACCUGCCCGAGGCCUACAGGGAGCUCCGGCUGCUGAAGAGGGAGGCUGACUUCUACCAGAUCGGGCCUUUGAUGGAGGAGCUGGGGGCCCAGCAGCGAGACCAGGGCUACGCCCUGCUCCAGUGCAACAUCCUGUCCCAGACGCAAACCCUUCACUUCAACCAGAAGCAAGGGCCCCUCAACUACGCCCUCGCCACCUGCUCCCUCACCGUCUACCGGGCCCGCCUCUUCUCCACCUGCUCGGGCUUCCUGGCCCUGCUCUCUGACAGGCUGGGCCUACCCUGGCCCCCGGAGCCUGGCCCCGCAGGCCCGGCCGCGAACCCCUGCCGCCUGGAGCUGGCCUGGUCUCCCCGGCCCCCCGAGCUGCCCGAAGGCGAGUACGCCAGGCUAGGCCUGGGCGGGCUAGGGGCCCCGGCCGGGCAGAGGGAGCUGGGCGACGCGCCGGCCUUCGUGGAAGAGCUGCUUCAGGCGGCGCUGGGCCAGCGGUACCGGGUGGACAGCCUCCUGCCCGACCCCGGCGACAUCUUGAACUGCACGGCCCUGCGGUUCCUCAGGUACUGA